GGCGGCGGUGGCCUCUGACCCUUCGGCUUCGUGUGUCUCCCGAGCCGCGCUCGGCGCUGCCUGCCGCGGGGAUCGCUCUCUCCCGGAGGCCUAGCGAGGGACAGCGGCUCCCACCGGGUCCUCGGGGUUCCUGGGGUUGAGGGGAGACCCUCCGGGGGUCCCACCGGCCCCUCACCCUGCUCCGAUCAGCAGCCUGGGCUCCGGUGCGCCCGGACCCGGUCACUGUUGGGGUUCCUCCAUCCACCCGUGCCGGAAAUCCUGAGGAAGCCGCGGUCCUGCCAUCCCACGGUCGGGUCCUGGGGGAGCGGCACCGGGGAGCGCUGCCCCAGGCCGGCUCUGGCCUGCCCGGGGUGUCAGAAGCCCUGAGCAGUGCAGAACACGGCCGAGGCAGCGGUGCAGCCGCGGCACAGACCUGCCUCCUCGUUGCCCUCUGCAGCACCGCGGCACGGCCGGCGCCGGGCUUCAUGUGAGAGAUGGCGAACGCCGAGGUGAGCGUCCCUGUGGGCGAUGUGGUGGUUGUACCAAGUGACGGCAAUGAAGGGGAGAACCCGGAGGAUACCAAAACCCAAGUGAUCUUGCAGCUCCAGCCGGUGCAGCAGGGGAUUUACCAGGAGGGCUCGGAGGCCGGGGCUGCUGUGGUGGCUGUUGAGGCCCACACCCUGCACAAGCUGGAGGAAGGGCUGGACCCCAGCACCAUUGAAACGAACGAGGAGAUCGAGAUCGCCUAUCCCAUCACCUGUGGGGAGAGCAAAGCCAUCCUGCUCUGGAAGAAGUUUGUCUGUCCAGGAAUUAAUGUCAAGUGUGUAAAGUUCAAUGACCAACUGAUCAGCCCCAAGCAUUUUGUUCACCUGGCUGGGAAGUCUACCCUGAAGGACUGGAAGAGAGCCAUUCGCCUGGGAGGAAUCAUGCUGAGGAAGAUGAUGGACUCAGGGCAAAUCGACUUCUACCAGCACGACAAGGUCUGCACCAACACCUGCAGAAGCACCAAGUUUGAUCUCCUCAUCAGCAGUGCCAGGGCACCGGUGCCAGGCCAGCAGAGCGUGGUGCAGACUCCUACAUCUGCUGACGGGAGCAUCACCCAGAUCGCACUGUCAGAGGAGAGCAUGGAGGAGGGCAUCGAGUGGAACUCGGCCCUGACGGCUGCGGUCACCAUGGCCACUGAGGAGGGCAUGAAGAAGGACACAGAGGAGAUCUCAGAGGACACACUGAUGUUCUGGAAAGGAAUAGCUGAUGUGGGGCUGAUGGAAGAGGUGGUGUGCAACAUCCAGAAGGAGAUUGAAGAGGUCCUAAGAGGUGUCCAGCAGAGGCUGGGUCAGUCUCCUUUCCAGAUGACAGAUGCUGCAGUCUUGAACAACGUUGCCCACACUUUUGGCCUGAUGGAUACAGUCAAGAAGGUUCUGGACAACAGGAAAAACCAGACAGAGCAAGGAGAGGAGCAGUUUCUUUACACACUGGCAGACCUGGAGCGGCAGCUGGAAGAGCAGAAGAAACUGGCCAAGGACCAGAAGGCAAAGUCCCAAACCAUCCAGAAUGUGGUGCUGAUGCCAGUCAGCACCCCCAAGCCCCCCAAGCGCCCCCGCCUGCAGCGCCCAGCCUCCGCCACCGUCCUCAGCCCCUCCACCCCCAUCCAGCAGCCGCAGUUCACUGUCAUCUCCCCCAUCGCCAUCGCCCCUGUCGGGCAGCAGUUCUCUGUGGGCAACAUCCCCGUGGCAACCAUUAGCCAGGGCUCCAGCCCAGUGACUGUUCACACCUUGCCCUCUGGCUCCCAGCUGUUCCGGUAUGCCACGGUGGUGUCCUCCUCCAAGACCAGCUCCUCCGACACCGUCACCCUGCACCCGUCCUCCAGCCUGGCACUGCUGAGCUCGGCAGCCAUGCAGGACAGCGGUGCCCUGGCAAAUGUGGCCACCGUGGUCAACCCUGUGGAACUGGUGGCCAUGGAGUCUGGCCUGACUUCCACCAUCCAGGCUGUGGAGGGCACCUCAGAGGAUGGGCAGACCAUCAUCGAGAUCGACCCUGCGCCGGACCCCGAAGUGGACACGGACGAGGCAGAGGGCAAAGCUGUGAUCCUGGAGACAGAGCUGAGGACUGAGGAGAAAGUGGUGGGGGAUGUGGAGGACCAUCAGCACCAGGUCCAUAACGUGGAGAUUGUGGUCUUGGAGGACUAGUGGAGAAGGCAAGCAGCGGUUUGGGGAAGAGUUGGGAAAUUACUUUAUUUUGGGCUUUUUUGUUCAGCAUCUUUUCCAGCCCCCCCUUUGUGCCCUGGGAUAUUCUCAUCGGACUGCACGGAACGGAGAGAGAAUUUGGGGUUUUGAACAAACAAAGCUGGAGAAACGUGGGAGACCUGGAAAAGGCUCCAGCUCUGUGGAGCAUUGAACAAUACCACCUGUUGGCAGGGGCAUGGAGAUUGGAUCUCUUCUAACAGCUGGGAGGAACUGGAGGAGGGCUCCCAGCAUGAGUCCUCGCGGUGCUUCUGCUCCUGCCUUCCCUGGCCCCCCAUUGCUGAUUUCAGAGGGACAGUCAGCAGUGGCUGGAGCCUUGGUGUCACUGUGGGAGGGUGAUGGCUUGGGGUGGAACAGGUACCUCACUUGUGUUGUUUUCCUCCAGGGAGGGGCUUCUGUCAGACUCUCCACUGUCACCUCAACCAGGAUUUUUUAAUGCUGAUUAUUCUAGUUUUGGGGAAGGCAGCAGUAACCCUGUCCUUACUGUGUCUGUUCUCCCACACAGAUUUGGUUUAUAUCUUUUUUUUAUUAUUAUUAUGAUUUGUUUGCUCUCAGCCUUCCCAGAUUUCCCAGCUGCAAAGCCCUGGAACUCCUCUGCCCAGUCUCAGGGUCAUGCUAUCCCAAUCCCACUUCUGCCCGUGGCACUUUUCCCCCAUCCCCUUCCCCGCCCGGCCGGGCUCGGUGCUGCAGCCUGGGCUUGGAGCCUCCGAGGUCGCGUCCAAGCCUUUUGCUUAAAGGCAAAAUCUCCCCUGGAGCUGCAGCUCCAGCAGCUGCCCCGGGGCUGGGCACCGUGGGGCUGCACAGAGCAUGUUGUGCUGCUGCUGUCCGGGAGAGCUGUGCUCCGGAUCGGGGCAGCUCCUGUUUACACGGUGUGCUGGGGCUGCUCCCUGCUUGUUGCUACUUGUUUGGUGGUUUAAGUUUUGCAAUUUUGGUUUAUUUCUUCUUUCUUCCUGUAAUCUCUUGGCAGGAUUAGAGUUGGCACGUUGAUGAAAUGCCUGCCCCGUUGUUUGCUGCCUUUCCCUCUUUUUGGUUUGGUGUGGUUCGUGCCCUGUGGCUGGGAGUCCCUUGGGUUUGGCCACGGUGGGAAGACAGCAGGGGGGAAGCAGCAGGGGCCGUUAGAGGUUUGGGAGGGCUGCUUGGCUGGAAAUAUUAAGCAAAACAACGGCAAAGGAAACACACCUGGGGAGGAUGGAUGGGGAGGGGGACAGA